AUGCCUUUAAACAUAGGGAUCAGGAGACAUUUUCAUUGUAACAAAUUUCUACACGUCAACUUUCGUACGGGAUCUGAAGCAUUAGUGGUCUUGUUCAGAAGUAUAACAGGAGAAGAUUGGAAUGAUAUAAUGCAUGACUGUAUGAGAAGUCCUCCAUUCUGUUAUUGGCAAGAAGGCAUGAACUACUGGAACACGGAUUGUGGGAACUACUAUGGAUCAAUUAUUUAUUUUUGCUCUUUUUAUUUAAUUAUUACGUACAUUGUUCGAAACCUUUUAGUAGCUAUCAUUAUGGAGAAUUUUUCCUUGUUUUAUUCAAGUGAGGAAGAUGCUCUGCUAAGUUAUGCUGAUAUAAGAAAUUUCCAGGUAGUCUGGAACAUGGUUGAUCGAGAGCAGAAACGGUCCAUACCGGUUGGAAGAGUAAAAUUCCUGCUCAGACUUCUUAAGGGACGUCUAGAGGUGGAUCCUGAAAAAGAUCGGAUUCUAUUUAAGCAUAUGUGCUAUGAGAUGGACAAGUUGCACAACGGGGACGAUGUUUCCUUCCAUGACGUUCUUUACAUGCUUUCGUAUCGUUCCGUGGAUAUAAGGAAAUCACUACAACUGGAAGAACUGUUGCAGCGAGAAGAAUUGGAGUUCAUCAUCGAGGAAGAGGUUGCUAAGCAAACGAUCCGUACAUGGUUGGAGAAUUGCUUACGUCGAAUUCGUAACCCACAAAAACAAAAAGAUUCAUUUGUAGAUGUCUCGAAAUAUCCUCAUCCAAUUUCAACAGGUAUGCCAUCAAUAAUCUCGCACGGAAUCGAAGACACUGAUAUUCCACGUUUUCGUUUUGCUAAUGAAGACACAUUAGCUGCAGAAGAAAUUGUGCAACCUGCUCCUAUUCGUAAAAAAGCGACAAAAAAUCGAAGAAGUAGUAUACCAGAUGCAUUCGCAUUUCAAACAACAACAAUCCUACAGGAAGCAGCACGUAAGUUCAUGCAAAGCAGUAGCGAGAAAAAAUUGGCCCAAUCUCGUGCUUCUCGCCAACCUGAAGUGUCUCAGUUGCUUCCGAAAAGGGGCGAACAAAAAAAGAUCUCCGUAUCAAAGGGAUUACAUUUGAAUGUCUAUGACUUGCCGGAUGUAGAAGAAAAAGGAGAAGAAAGCGCAUUCUCACCUCCAAAGCAGCAAAAAUAUGAGGAUAACUGCGCUACAAUCCCUUCAUCCCAACAAAAUAACGUCACUGGCACCUUAUUCACAGCAACUACAGCACCUCAGUCAGCGCUUGCGGAAACUCCUCAGGAUAUUUCCAUGUGGUGGGAAGCUGUCAGUUGA